AUGAGACUCGCAGCCAUCGUCAACACGGCCAUUGCCGUCUCCGCGGGCGUUUCUGCCGCCCCGCUCGAGCCUCGCAGCUCCUUUGUCGAAGUGUCCCUGCCGGCACCCCACAACUGGGUGCCUGGAGGAUCACUCUUCCCGAGCCAGGUCAUUGCCGCGUAUCACGGCGACCUUGGAAACUACACCGCCGCCACCUGGUCGGCGUACGUCCUGGAGAAGUGCAAGAGCUACACCGCCUGUACCUCCAGCGCGACUUACUCAGGCAUCAACAGCGGCAGCACAGGCGGACGGUACUGGUUUGGUUUCGUGUUUAGGGGCGGUGCUACGACGGUGGCCAACUAUGAGCGUGAUGAGGACGCGGCGAACGCCGUCGCAGACUCGAAAGCGUAUACUAUCACUUCGUAG